AUGGCGAGCGCAGUGAACUCGAAGGAACUGCUCGAAGCGCACGUGGCUAGGACUGGCGGCAAGAUCCGGACCCGGUUCCCGCCGGAGCCGAACGGUUACCUCCACAUCGGACACGCCAAGUCCAUGCACAUGAACUUCCAUCUGGCAUUUGAGAAGGAAGCUGUGCCGCGGGAUAGGCGAGAGACCGUAUUCCGCUAUGACGACACUAACCCUGAGGCGGAGAGCAAGGAGUACAUUGACUCCAUUCGGGAGGACCUGGAGUGGAUGGGAUGGAAGCCGGUGCAGACCACGUACUCGUCAGACUCGUUCCAGCUGCUGUAUGACAUGGCCAUCAAGCUCAUCGAGGGCGGGAAAGCGUACGUCUGCCACCAGACCAAGGACGACAUCUUCAAGUGCCGGGAGAUCGCCAAGGUCAACGCCGCGGACCCCAACGCUAACGCCGGCGACCCGUGCAGCCCCUGGAGAAACAGGCCUGUGCAGGAAAGCUUGGAUCUGUUCGAAAAGAUGCGGACGGGCCAGAUGGGCGAAGGGUCCGCGACGCUACGGCUAAAGAUGGACAUGACCUCGCCCAACCCCAACAUGUGGGACCAGGUGGCCUACCGCGUGCGGUACAUCCCGCACCCGCACGCCGGUGACAAGUGGUGCGUCUACCCCACCUACGACUACACGCACUGCCUAGUGGACAGCCUGGAAGACAUCGACUACUCGAUCUGCACACUGGAGUUCGAGACUCGACGAGAGUCGUACUACUGGCUAUUGGAGGCGCUUGACCUGUACCGACCCAAGGUCUACGAGUUCGCGAGGCUCAACAUCACCCGGACGGUGCUGUCGAAGAGGAAGCUCUUGAAGCUGGUGAAGGGUGGCAAGGUGAGAGGCUGGGACGACCCGCGAAUGCCGACGAUCAAGGGGCUAAGAAGACGCGGCUACACGGCGGAGAUCCUCAACAGGUUCUGCGAGGAUAUCGGCGUCACCAGGAACGACAACCUGAUAGAGGUGGAAAAGCUGGAGCACUGGGCGAGAUCGGGCCUCAACGUUUCCUCCCGACGAGUGAUGGGUGCGCUGUCGCCCAUCAAGGUUACCCUCUCGAAUCUGGAGGAGGCGAGGGAGGUAGAGGCGUUGGACGUGCCGUUUGCACCGGAGAGAGGGUCGCACAAGAUCCGACUGACCAAGACGUUGUUCAUCGACGCUUCGGACUUCAGAAGAGAGGACUCGAAGGACUACUUUGGUCUCGCCCCGGGCAAGAUGGUCGGGCUCAAGUACUGCAGCGCCACCAUGCGGUGCGACGAGGUUGUCGACGGCGAGGGCGGCAAGGACGCACCCCCUGCGGAGCUCAUCUGCAGCCUUGGAGACCUUUCCCAGGAACCUUCUUCGGAAGCUGCUUCGGCUCCUGCUGGGGAUGCGGGAGGCGGCGAAACGGCGAAACGUCCUCCGGUUCGGCCGAAGGGUAACAUUUCUUGGGUUUCUGCGGAGGAGGCGGUGCGGGCGGAAGUGCGACUGUACAACCAUCUCUUCACAGUGGACUCUCCGGACGACAAGUGGGAAGAACAGAUCAACCCGGAAUCUGAGUGCGUCAUGACCGGGGCUGUGAUCGACCCUUCCGUGCUAGAGAAGGAACACUCGGUGGGCACUCCGCUUCAGCUGGAACGCAUCGGAUUCUUCGUGGUGGACAAGGACUCUACGCCAGAGCUGCUGGUCCUGAACCGAACGGUAACUCUCAAGGAGGCUACGGGGAAGAGUACGGUGCCGAAGGACAAGAGCCGCAAAGAGAUACAGGCUCGCCAGGCGGCGGAAAAGGAAGCGAGAAAGCGCGUGCCCCCGCAGGAGAUGUUCUUGUCCAUGACCGACCUCUACUCGGCCUUCGACGACCAGGGGGUUCCCACCACCGACAAGUCGGGAGAGCCGCUCAGCAAGAGCGCCAUCAAGAAGCUUAAGAAGGAGUGGGAGAAGCAGAAGAAGUUGUACGAGAAGACGCUGGCGGAAAGCGCGUAGGGGGGGGGGGUCGGCUUGAGUGACGAGACACAUGUGUAUCAAUAGUCGUGGUUGGUCGUGGUCGUGACAUUGACAGGCCAUAGACAAUGGCGUCUGUGGGGUUUCGACCGACAUGGCAGGCGGCGCCCUCGCCUUAAUUGUCGGGAUGGAGGGUGUCCGUAUCCAAGCCGCGAAUUUUGCACGUUGGAGAGAUAUUUUGUUGUUUGUUUCGACGGGUCUGGCGGGAGCGAGGGUUUUGACGAGAAAACCGUCACCCCACCACGCUUGUUGACACGAGCAAGAAACUAUGAGGGGCGGGGGACAAGCUUCGGGGGGGGAAGUAGGGGGCUCCGAGGAAUCAAAGGUUUGGAGGAUGCCUGGGGUGGGUAGGCUAUUAAAGGUUGACAUGUACCGUGCCCCCUUGUUCGUUUGGCAUCUAUCUGUAUGUUUCUCCUCUCGGAGACUGAUUUAUGGAGGUGAGCCUCUUUGUUUUGGUUUUUUGUUCACCGGACGGAACUUAUGGAGGUGAGCUUCUUUGUUUUGGUUUUUUGUUCACCGGACGGAACGGAAGGUCUCGUCUUUUGCUACGCCUGCGAACCUCUCUCUCAGGUACAUAUCGUCGUCACGCUCCGCUCUAUCAGUAAAGUGCAUGCAAUGCCUCAGCGUGUUUGUUUCCUGUUGUUUUCGCGCUGGUGAUGUCGCCAUACCCAUUUUUUUCAUCACGGACGAGGGGAGGUGGAGGAAUGAAUGGCUUUGGUUUGUUGAUCCGUUUAGCGUCGGCAUGGCGUUGGUUCUUUUGGGGACUGAUUUGUGGUUGUUUAGUUGUCGGCGUGAAGUGAGUGACGGGUAUCAUGUUGGGGAAGCGAGAGAAGACUACUGUUUAGUUGGUGCGAUACUUCAGCGAUUCGCACACGGUUUUAUGCAUGUGCACAUAUGUUUCGUUUUUAAGUGUUUCGUCUAAAGGUUGCCUGUAUGUAGUAGGGUCCGAUGGAGGAGUUCUAUCGGAGGACGGUAAUUAACUGCGUCGUG